UGGAGCACUUCGUCGUGUUUGCACUGAUCUGCGAUGGCAGUCGAGGGCUUCCAGGCCUUUCCAAGCCGCCUGCGUCAAUUGCUGAGCGGCUCGUCGCUAUCAUCGUCAUCGGUGGCUGCCGCUGUCGGCGGUCCGUCUGAGCCACUUGCCACUGCCGAGCUCGUGUCCUUCGAGGACGACCGAGCAAGCGCCGCAUCCGAGGCUGAUCAGACGGAACAGCGAUUCAAAGAAGCUGCACUCUUCUUGCAGGAAGGCACCAACAACCACAAGAUGCACAACCACCCGCGCGAUCCAUCUGCCCUUCGAGCGUACCGGAUACUCCAAUCGACUCCGAUGAAUCUGGCGGGAUUGCUCGUCUCGGGAAUUCUGCUCAGUUUGGCACUGAUCGAACAGCCAGCCACGCUCGACGGUGUCCCCGACUGGGUGUCUCCCAUGAUUGAGCUGUUUUGCUUGGCGUUUUUCGCAGUAGAGCUGGCGCUCAAGUAUCAGUGGUUUAAGCGCAAGGCCUUCUUCCAGCACACGCGCACGGCGUCCAAGCUGUUGAUUGUUGUCGUCAUGGUGGCGGACACGAUCGCCAUCUUGCUCGUUCCGUCGCCGUAUGCUCGCUUUGGUCGGUCGUUGCGGCCAUUCUUCUUGAUUGACAACCAGUACAGCAGCCGGGUGCGACGCGUCUUUCGCCAAAUCGCUCUGAGCUUGCCGCCCAUCGUUGACAUGCUUGUCAUCCUGCUGGUCCUUGUGCUCCUGUUUGGACUCGCUGGCUUUUAUCUCUUUUCGAGCGAUCCCGGCGCUGAUGGGUUUGCGACGUUCGGUACGACGCUUGUCAGCCUCAGUGUGUUGAUUACCACCUCCAACUUCCCCGAUGUCAUGCUGCCGAGCUAUCGCAAAAACCCGUGGUCGUCCGUCUACUUUAUUGUCUUUCUGCUCGUUUGCCUUUAUAUUCUCUUGAAUUUGCUCCAUGCCAUUGUGUACGAGAGCUUUGCAGAGCAGGAAAAGCUAAAGUUCCGCAAAUUGUUUCUUCACAAGCGAUCCAGCUUGCGCCGAGCAUUUCAAGAAAUCACGGAUGGGCGUGCUUGCAUGAGCUUUGCCGAGUUCAAAACGCUGCUUCGUCUGUUCGCUACCAACCGCAACGAUCAGCAGAUUCUGGUGCUGUACAAGGCGCUGAAACGAUCGCCAAACAACGUGGAGGGCUUGUCCUCGUUAGAGUUUUACGGGCUCUUUGACGCCCUGUCGCUCUCAUUCACCAAGCAAACCCCAGUGCUCCAACUCUAUCCUGCGAGGCUUCCUCGUCAGCGCUCCGCUGCCUCGCACGAAGAGACGAUACACUUGCAACCUCUUCCACCAACCGAAAGAAGAAACACAAUCCCAACUGGCGGCGCGUCAAUUCCUUCGGAGAGUCCCGAUGUCAGCACCCACCCGGCUUCAGCAGAAGACGCGGCAUCACCGAUCGUCCGAGCAACACCUUCCGCCCUGCAACUUGACGCCACCACUGGGACGUCACGCACGAAUUCCAUCAACCUGGCAGGAGAGCUCAGCCAAUCGCAGGAUUUGACCUCAUUCGGAUCGCUGGAUUCGCCCGCGAUUGCGCUCAAGGACCGGUUUGUGCGGUUUGGCAAGGCUUCGGUGGCAACUGCGACGCUAUCUCGUCCAAACCCAUCAGCAGGAAGCAGCAGUCUAGCGGCGGCCUCCGGCACUGCCAGAAGCAACGAAUUACCAGGCAGACUUGCAGCGUCGCUCCGCGAGGUGAAGAGCGCCGGAUUGGAUACCGAUGCCCCAGCACCAAGUCAACAAGGUCGGACUUCCGGCGACCAACUGGCAUCUUUUGCAACGUUCGUUCCAUUGCAAAGAGGGAUGGGCAGCGUGGCGGACAACGUUGAAAUGUUUUCGUCGUCGAGCAUCCCGUCCUGGCUCGCCACGCCGCUCUAUCUCGUCAAACAAGCGACGUUAUCUGUGUGGUUUGAUCGGAUUGUCGCCGUCGUGGUCAUGGUCAAUGUUUUGCUGGCCAUCCUUGAGGCCUCGCUCUUUUCUGAGCAAGUUCUGCACCCAGACCAGUAUUCCCCCUUCAAAUGGGUCAACCUUUCGCUGGCCUUGCUGUACGUUGUCGAGACGUCGAUGCGCUUGAUAACGCUCGGCAUUGGCGGCUACUGCGUCAAUUAUUUCAAUCGCAUUGACCUCUUGGUGAUUAUGGCCAGUCUUUUGGGGCACAUGGCAAACAUCGACGCGCUGUCGAUCGUGCUGCUACCAAUGCGCAUUGUGCGCUUUCUGACGCUUCGCAAAAGCAUUCGGCUGAUCAUCUCGACGCUCAUCUCCUUGUUGCCAAAGCUCUUUUACUUUUUCAUCACCCUCAUGUGCGUUUUUUAUUCGUUUGCGGUCAUUGGCAUGGAGCUCUAUGCAGGCUUGAUUGUCCAGGGCUGCUGCGGACCGGAAUACGACGGGUCGGCGGAAGGACUGUACUAUGUCAGCAACUUUGACAAUCUCCUGCGCGCGUACGUGUUGCUGUUUGAGCUGCUGGUGGCCAACAACAACAACAUAAUCAUGGAAGCGGUCGUCACCGUCACGUCGUACUGGAGCCGGUUUUAUUUCUUGAUCUUUUACAUUGUAAUGAUUGUCGUUUUGCUCAAUGUCGUCAUGGCCUUUGUGUUUGACACAUUCUUGGUGCGAAUCCAACUGCUUCAAGCCGCUCCGCAUGAACUGGACGAUGACGCUACCAUGACUGCUGCCACCGUGACCACUCGGCGAAGAAGCACUUCCGAUCCGACGAGAGCAGCUACCGCCACAGAUGGACUUGCAGACGAGCGCUCUGUAAUACAUGCUGGCGGCCAACUGCUCUCGCGGGUGACCAUGGGUCAGGCAGCUGUCCGCGUCGCUCUCCUCCCAGACGAGCUUCGAACGUUGGUUCCUUACGAAGGAGCGCAGUACGAAGAAUACCAGAGUCAGCGACAGCGUGACACUGCCUCGACCUCCCUGCAAUCGGAUGUGCCAGCAGUGGAUGAAGGCUUGGUUCACUUCGUUGGCCGACGUUCCCUUGCGCGCACAGACAUUUACUUGGUGCUCUGCGCGGCCGAGCUGUCGGAAUGGGUGGAAGAGUAUGAUCAGAAUUUGCAGCAAUCAGGUCGCUCACGUGCUGACAGCUCUGUCUCGCACUCGUUCGAGCCGGAACCGAACAAACCAAGAGACUUGCAGCGCAUGCUGAUUGUUCAGCGGAAUUUCCGGCAGCCCUCAUCGACCUCGCUAUUACGCCGCAGUGAAAGCGAUCUGGAUGAUCGCUUGGUGACGAUCGCUUAAUGUCUUGGGUGGUCAAUAAAUG